ACGAGGAAUAACCUAUUCCAUGAUUUUAAUCUCGAGUAAAUUCAUAGUCGUUUUUCCACGUAUACUUGCGCUAGGAAUAACAAUACGCGAAUAGCAGAGUGAAUGGUGAACAAAAAUAAAAUCCGGCAAAUAAAUGUUGUUGUGCAACGGCAUAGUGUAAGAGCAUACAAAUCGUCAACUCGAUUUUGCCGUAUUUUAGUGUGAAAAAGUAGCUGUUGUGUAAGAUAUCCAGCUGUCAAACGUAUUAUUUUUAUUUCUUGUUUGUUUGAGGGAAUUGUCAAGUUUUGUCGUGUGGUUUUAUCUUUUUUCGUUUAAACGUUGCAUUCAGACUAUUAAUAAUCAUUUAGUGCAUUGCGUUGACUUGAAAUUAAAACAGAAUAAAUAUUUAUGAAAUGACAGAAAUCAGAUGUUGGACUGACAGACGCCAUUACUUUAUUCUAGGAAUAGCUCCGUUAUUCCGUGCGAAACGGCGGUAUAGUAACAAUUCCCGAAUAGGCUCACUAUUCUUAGAAUUGUAGUUGGUAAAACGUAAAAUUGAUUUACUCUCGAUUAACUGACGAGUUAUUCUAAGAAUAAGAUUUACUCUUGUUUGGUCGAAUCGACCCUUAUUGUGCGGUGAUUACUGAUGAAGAUAAAAAUUUAUUCAAUUGAAAACAUAGUUUGUAUAAAAUGAGAAGUGAACACUUAUUUUGCUUAGUUUUGUUUAAGCUUCAGUUGAAGCUAGUGUGCUCUCUCAACGAGAACAAUAGAAUCACAUAAUUUCUUUAACAUGUCGACAGUUUGCCUUUCAGCUGGUGAUAUUUAUAUUCCAAUUCAAAUUCAGGAAAGCGAUAUUUAUGGUGGGAUAAACCUACUUCUAAAAAACCUAAGACCUACAUGGCCUUUAGAAAACGUAAAAUUCAAGGUUUUCACGGAUGGAAUAACUAAUAAAUUAGUUUGUUGUCAAUUAAGUACCUCACACAAUGAAAAUGACAUAGUCCUCGUCCGGAUUUAUGGAAAUAAAACAGAUUUACUAAUUGAUAGAAAAGCUGAAGUCCGAAAUAUAAAAACUCUUAGCGCUCGCGGUUUAGCUCCAAAAUUAUAUGCUGUAUUUGAAAAUGGAUUAAUUUAUCAGUACUUCCCUGGAGACACUUUAAACAUUGAAACAGUACUUGAUAUAAAAAUAUGGCCUCUUGUGGCCAAGCAAAUGGCAAAAAUGCAUAGAGUUGAACUUGGAAAAGAGGUACAAAAAGAUCCAAUGGUAUGGGAUAAAAUUGAACAAUUCCUAAGUUUGUUGCCAGAGAAAUUCUCUACAGAAGUCAAACACAAUAGAUUUGUGAGUAGCUUUGGGUCAGUAACUAAGCUAAGGAUUGAAUUUGAGCGUCUAAAGUCUCAUCUAAUCAAAACGGAGAGCCCAAUAGUGUUUGCUCACAAUGAUUUGCUUCUAGGAAACGUUAUCUUCAACAAAGAUGAAGGGACCAUCUCUUUCAUAGACUAUGAAUAUGCCAGUUACAAUUAUCAGGCGUUCGAUAUAGCUAAUCAUUUCAACGAAUUUGUCGGAUUAUCAAUUGAAGACAUUGAUUACCAAAGAUAUCCGAGUAAAGACUUCCAACUUGCUUGGAUUAGAGUAUAUUUAUCGGAAUAUUUAGGAACAAUGACGCCUGACGCUAAAAGCGUAGAUACAGUUUAUGAAGAAGUACAAAAACUUUCGUUAGCUUCACAUUUUCUUUGGGGUAUAUGGUCACUAGUGCAAUUUGAACAUUCUGAUAUUGAUUUCGAUUUCGGAAGGUAUGCAGAAAUACGUUUACAGCGAUAUUAUCAAACAAAAAAUGAUAUUUUAAGUGUAUGUACUUAAUUAAUUAAUAAUAAUAAUAAAAUGGACAUUUACUUGUAAAAGUACUUAUUUAUAAAUUCUAUAAUUUAUUGUUGAAAUAUCAAUCUUAAAUAAAAAUGCGGAGCAUGCGAA